CAAUAAAAAAAUAGCGAUUAAUUCCUCUGCACCACGGACACGGCGUCGUUUUGAGAAGAACCCGAAUCUCUUACUCCGUAAUCAAUCCGACACUAUGUUUACUGUUAUUUACACAAAUUGACACUAUCCAUUUUUUCUCAGAAGUCGAACAACUAGAAGAGGUCCGAGUCUCAGAGACCACAGAUUUCAAUCACGCACAGAUGGCUACGUCGACGCCGGCGAAGGGCGUAGUGAUCACGGUACCGGUGCUCAUUCUGGCAGCCUCAGCCAUCGCUAUUAUUUUCCUUCUGUUGUCUCUCUCCUCCUGCGAUUGCCCUUCCGCCGUAGGUACUGUUCGAACCCCAGUGAUCGAUGGCGCUGUUGUUGAAAACUCCGCCUUUUCGGUGGCGGAGCGGAUAUCUCCGAGCAAAGACGAUGUGGAGUGGGUGAAAGAUCAGAUCCGAAUCAAUGGGCUGCAUAUGCAGGACAAUGUGCUUCGAAAGGGCAUUAACCCUCGCACAAGAGCUGAACAGCUCCAAGAUCUCAUAAAUUACAAGGGAAUUUCUCACUAUGAAGGACCCGAAGCAGACAAUCACACUGCACUUCCAUGCCCUGGUGGGCUCCUUGUUGAAGAGCACCAUAGCAACUAUGGUGAGCCAUGGGCAGGGGGGCGAGAUGUGUUUGAGUUUCUUGCCGAGUCUUCCCACCUCAGACCCAACUCGCGUGUUCUAGAGAUUGGUUGUGGCACCCUUCGAGUUGGGUUGCAUUUUAUUCGGUAUCUCCAGCCUGAACACUUCCACUGCCUUGAAAGAGACGAGUUGUCAUUAAUGGCUGCUUUUAGGUAUGAGCUUCCUUCCCAAGGUCUAUUGCAUAAGCGCCCUUUGAUUGUGAGAGGUGAGGACAUGGAAUUCAGUAAGUUUGGCUCAGGAGUUGUCUAUGAUUUGAUCUAUGCUAGUGCUGUGUUCCUCCACAUGCCUGAUAAGCUUGUUUGGGUUGGACUAGAGAGAUUAGCAAGUAAGCUUAAACUCCAUGAUGGGCGCAUCUUCGUUUCCCAUAAUGUUAAGUUUUGUUCACGGUUAGGGGGAGAGGAGUGUACCAAGCGGCUCUCUAGUUUGGGGCUUGAGUAUCUUGGGAAGCAUACACAUGAUAGCUUGCUUUUCAAUCACUAUGAGAUCUGGUUCGGGUUUAGGCGGUUCAAGGCUUAGAGUUUUGAUAACUUAUUUCUUACUUUGAUUGUGGAAUUGUGGAUCCUGGAUCCUCGUUAGAAAGAUCAAAGAGAAUGUUAUGAAUGGAUGCUUUCCUUUGCCUUGCUCUUGUUGCAUUGCCAUUGGUAGCUGUAACGACAUUUUUUAGAAGGCCAAGUCUUACUCCUGUUGAUAAAUUAUUUGAAAGAGAAGCAGGUCAGAAUCUAACAGUGCAUUCUCUUGAUGCAUCACUAGUUUGCACAGAAUUUGCUGACAAGUGAGACUCCUGCUUUCUGUUUUGUUUGUAGUUGGAUCAGGAAAAUGAUAUUGUGUAAGUUCUGAAUGCAAAUUGGAUAAUCUUUAUGCUUAGAUUUAUUUAUUGUAACGUUGUGUGAUCACUGUAUCGAGUGAGAUAGUUGUUGUAGCAGAUGCAUUUUUUUUUUGCAUUUCCUUUUUGAAAAUGAGGUAUGAUUAUAUAAAUGUGUAACUUUCUUGAUAUAAUUACAUUUUCUUUCCCUUCUGCAAUUGAAUUGAUAUCAGUGUUGAUUUUGA